UUCGGGAAAUCUGUCAUGGCUCGUACUAAGCAGACCGCUCGCAAGUCCACUGGCGGCAAGGCGCCGCGCAAACAGCUGGCCACCAAGGCGGCCCGCAAGAGCGCACCGGCCACGGGCGGCGUGAAGAAGCCGCACCGCUACCGGCCCGGCACGGUGGCCCUGCGCGAGAUCCGCCGCUACCAGAAGUCCACGGAGCUGCUGAUCCGCAAGCUGCCGUUCCAGCGCCUGGUGCGCGAGAUCGCGCAGGACUUCAAGACCGACCUGCGCUUCCAGAGCUCGGCCGUGAUGGCGCUGCAGGAGGCGUGCGAGGCCUACCUGGUGGGGCUCUUCGAGGACACCAACCUGUGUGCCAUCCACGCCAAGCGCGUCACCAUCAUGCCCAAGGACAUCCAGCUCGCCCGUCGCAUCCGCGGGGAGAGGGCGUAGAUUUGUUUCUCCCGAUUAAGUGCCAACCUCUGAAAAACCCAAAGGCUCUUUUCAGAGCCAACCACCUUUUCUGUGAAAGAUUCCUGUGCACUGGGACCUCCAUUCCGAGCGAGGAAAUAAAACGCUCCUCCCAACCUCCCC